AUGCAUUUGAAGACGACGAAUGCCCGUGAAAUCUCGAAAUUGAGCAGCAAAUCGCCGAUUCCGUCGGCGGGAACGGGGUCUCCGACAACCGGUGAUAGACCAUUGGCCGGCAGCUCGUCGACACUUCGGGCGCUGGCCAGGGACGUCGGGCCGUCGGCACGCGAAAUCCGGCCGGGGAACGUCGGGUCCUCGUCGUCGGUUAUUGGCGGCCGAGCGGUGAUUGCGACUCUCGGAGCCUGUGGCAAGGUCCGAGGCGCCCGCGGGCCGUCGUGGAGCCGACAAGACGCGGCCGCCUACGCCGCGGUGGUACCGCCGUCCGUUUUCACGGCGCCGCCCGUCUUCACGAGACGCCAGAUGGCGUACGACGUCCAGAGGACCACCGAGGCCCCGUAG